UUCAGUUUUGACAGUUGUAAUAGUGGUCAUCUUAUAUUUUUUACCUCCUUGCAUUUUGAUACAAAAUAUUUAUUUAUUCGCAAAGUGGUAUUACGUGAACAAGAUGAAAAUAAGGGCCCACGCAUAUCGAGAACGGUGGAAUGCGACCCGCUAGCUCAAACUGAUAUGUCCACAAGAAGCGCCGUGAACGCAAUCCGCGCCCGCCGGGGCCACAAGGAGCGCUCCAAGAACUUCACCGAACUGGAGAAGAGGACCGUGUUAGAGCUGAUAGCACGCCAUCGUGACGUGCUGCGGCAAGGCCGGUCCAACAACGCCACCAACCGGAGCAAACAGCUGGUGUGGUCCACGAUAUGCGAGGAGGUAAACAAGCGCUGCGGCGGCGAGAGACCGCGCACUCCCGCGCAGGUCAAGAUGUGGUACGAGAACUAUAAGAAGAAGUGCAAGAUGCGCGCACACGACUCGCAGCCACCUCAACCCGACGCGCCUGGCUUACUGGAUGGCAUGCUCUGGCAGAAUAUUCAUCCGUUAGAAGUUAAAGAUGACGAUGAAGCAGCGACCAGUGAGCAAGGCGCGCACAGCGUGAAAGACGAUGACCUACCCGUUAACAUGACCAACGGCCGACUAUCAAGCACGAACGACAGCGACGAUACGACCCCCAACCCCCUCGAGCCGCACGUCACCAUCAUCCACUCCCCCUCCCCCAAGCUCCCGCACCCCCUUACCAUCCCCAUCCUAAACCCCCUCGCCAUGGAGCAAGCGCGGCUGCAACAAGACUUUCUGCUCAAACUGAAUGAGCUGUCGAAUACGCCCCUGAAUUUAAGCCAUUUGGAGGGGAGGAAUGGCGAUGUGAGAGAUAGGGAGGAGAAGGAGGGGGGAAAUGCGACGGAGGAAGAGAGAUUAUAUUUCACCGCCAAACGCCAGCACGCCAUAUGGGAGCACGAAGCCAAGAUGAAGAUCCUCAACAUGGAGCUCAAACAGAAGGAGGAAAUCUUCUCACUGCAAAAGCAACUUUUCCUCAUCGAGCUCAGGUUGAAAAUGGACUUCCUCGAAAAGGCCAGUGGUAAAUAAAAACUCUUAGAAAAAAACCUUGAACGCCAAUGUCGUCUAUAGACGACACUUUUGACCGCUAUGAACGCCAAGACCCACUAAAGUUACCUCACAGUUACCGCCUGUCAAGAACGCGACCAGUCAACCUGUUUAUCUCACUCACUAGCGUGGUAAGAGUUCGCCUACACGGGCUUAAGACUGUGUGUGUAGGAACGCGUUUCUUUCAUAUAUUUGAUCGCCAGUGUCCGAGGUGUGCCGUCGUGCCCACCACGCCAAAAAACACUAAAGUGGCUAUGGCGUACACUUUCAAAACAAUUGUCCAACAGUCAUUUUACUAAUUUUAAGCAGAAUCGAUUCGCGUCGAAUCGAGUCCUUAUACGUUUAAAUGCGAUUCGACGCGUCGCUAAUGGACGCAGUUUCAUAAGAAAUGCUAAAGACGAAUAUGAGACUCGACUCGACGAGCCUAGUGGACGCCAGGCUGUAGAGGUAUUGACCUGUGGGUCACAUUUUAACGCGAGAGGCAAAACGUUCAAAAGGUUAAUGUCUAUAGACACGCACGGAUAUGUAAUAUUACAUUCGUGCAUUCCGAUAUGAAUUUCAAUAACUUGUUUAGAUGUGGAUUAAUUGUUUAAAACACCACUGUCUUUUAUACGCGACAAUUAACGAAGGUUUAUUAAAAUGCUCCUAAACACAUUGUUAUUAAGAAUACAUUUGCGUGUUGAUUUAGGCGGAUUAGAACUUUUUUUUGUGAACUCUUAGUCCGUUUUCACAGUAUCCGAUCCGAUAUCAGAUGUCGGAAGGAUUUCAAUGGAAAAAAUCCAAGAAGGCGCCUGUAAUGUAUGGGAUAGCGGUCCUACAUCCGAUAUCGGAUCGAAUAAUGUGAAAACGCACUUAUGCCUAGUAUUUACUUGAAAGUCACACAUAAGUGACGGCUUGCAAGGGGUUCAGAGAUUUAUUGAUUUUAUUGUCAAUGGCUCCUUAGUAAACAUAUGCGCCUUCAAAAAAUGGAGCAUUGCCGUGAAAUACAUUACGAAUCUAAAAAAAUCUCGUAAAAUUCUUCCUUAUUCGAUUCAGAAAAUGAUAUUUAAUUUUUGUUGCAUGCAUUAUUAUUGAAUUAUUAAAUUUAUAUACAGGAAGAUCGGCGCAUAAUUAUGUUUAGUAACUAAUAAUAUGGUGUAAAGCCAUUUUUUUUUUCAUUUAUUAUAGCAAUGCAAUCUAGUUUUAAUGUGCCAUUUUCUCAUAAGUUUCCUUAUUAUAUGAAAGGCAUACAAUGACUGAAGUGUAUUUUAAAUAGCUUCAGUAUUUUUAAAAGUGAUAUUGCCAUAACUUGGUUUUUUAACUUAAUGUGCAAUAAUUUUAUUAUUGACAGCAAUAAUAUAAUUUUAUUUGUCUGUUGAAGGAAAGUUAGGUAUACGGAAUGGUAAAAUUCGGUGCGAUUUGGAAAUUAUAAACUAUAUAUUUUUUAUAUAAAGACUUAAUUUUAUUUAGCUAUUUUUCGGCAGCUAGCAAUUGAAUGUGCCAAUAUUUUAUGAUAAAUAAGUAUAUUAUUUGCAACCUUUAUCUGUACGAUAUUUUUACGGUGUUAAUAUUUGAAAUAACUUUUAAAUAAAAGUUUUUUAAACUGACUUGAAACAAAUUCGCACCGAAUGGGUAAAAAUGUGAUCAAAAAUAUCGUUAUUAUUUUUUCUAAUAUAUUUUCGCAUAGCGUUUUAUUUUGUAUCGUUUUACUUUUUAGCAUAGACGUAUAAUGUGCUUAAGCAACCAUUUUCCGCCAUGUUGAUUUUUAUAGUAUUAUAUUUUAUAUGUUUUUAAGGCAGCUUUGAUAAAAAGGUAUAUUUAAAAAAUGAAAAACUGCCAAAUAAUAUAGCGGAUUUGUUACUUUUUAGUACUUAGAAAUGUUAAGUUUUCAAUAGAAUAUAUAGCCCGUCAAACGAAUUUAAAUAUCGACAGUUAGAAAACAAAUUUAAAUACAGCGAAAACGAUGUUUUUAUUCUGUAAGAAUAUUGACUUAGCAAAUAAUUCUAACCUCAAAAAUCUUAUGAACAUAAUAAGUACCUACAUAUAAGUUUUUAUCUGUUGAUGUUUAAGAUGGGUCUUCGUAAUAUUGUCAAAAUAACGUGAAAAAACCUAGUCUUACGGUUAUAUGAAGUAGUUAUUAUAAAAAAAGUAUUUAUUAUGAAUAAGUACUGUAAAUGUUAGGAAAAUUGGCUAAUCGUAUUAGUGGUCAUUGCGAAAACUGUCAUAUUUUAUUGACAUCAAAGAUUAGGGCAGUUUUUUUCCUAUUUUUGAUGAAUAUAUUGAGCGCCAAGCGUCUAUCACAUUACAUAUUUGAAUUAUAUGAAAACUAUGCAUUCAGGUUAUAUAUAAAAAGUAAAAUUGUACUUUGCUAACCUACAACAAAAAUACGCAGAUGGAUGUCCAAUGACGCCCAAAGCGUGUUCUACCGACGUGAUAAGACGUCUUUGGCGCUCAAAAGCGAAAAAAUGCGUUUGAUUUAUAUAUCCGUAGAUAUAGCUAUUCGUAACGCAAGUGACAAAAUUUUAACUACUUCAAAUAACUAGCACAUUACAGCCCUUUAUAUUAAACCUCUUUUUUGGGCUGAAUAGUGCUAAAGUCAGAAAAUGUGCCAAUACACAGAAAAUUGUUGAUAUAUAAGAAAAAGUAGUUAUUACAUAAAUAAAUACUUUUAGGUCUUUUAUAGGCGACCAACACUAAAAGUAUUUAAUAUCUGUCACAUAUAUAUGACAAGUGUUGGACCCUUGAAGAUCUUUUUGCGUUUCAUGAUAUAUGAAAAAUUUAAUGAUUAAAUAUAGAAGAAAAAUACGUAAUAACGUAGAGAAAAAUGUAUUAAGUAAUGUACAGUAUGAUAUUAUUUUUUGUAGUUACUAUUAAAGUUAGAACGAAAUAAAUUUACAGUACAAAAAAGUAAUUUUCAAUAAAAAAAAAUACCUCAUGUUAACAGUGUAUUGUAAUGAUAAAAAAAUAGUUGAAUAGUUGUAAAAAAAGGAAAUUUUAGAACCAUUUUUUAUGGAGGCGACCUACACCUACCAUUUUUUUCAGUUUUAUUUUUAACAUUAUUGUAUCCUAAGGGGUUGUCAUAUUCUCCAUAGUUAAUAAUAGACUAACAUUUUUUUUUUUCAACAAAACAAAUUUAUAUUUGCGGUCGGAACAUGCAUUGAUUGUGUGUUAACAACAUGCAGUUGUUUUUUUUCACAACCGCAAAUAUAAAAUUGUACUCAUUUAAAACCAUAGAUAAUAAUCGUUGCUCAAUGUACUCUGGCAACCCUUUAAAGUUAGUACAUUUCAUAGCAAUAAUUUGGCAUCAGUUACUAUGUGAUGUAAUUAAGAUCUCAGUACAGUAAAUAUUGUAAAAUGUCGAUAAAAGUUACCAUUAUAUUUUAAACAAUAAAUAAAAUAACCAUUGAAAAAAGUAUUAUGCAUUAAUUGUGUCGUUAUCUGGGUAAAGGGAUCUUGUUGUCGAUGGCGCUUACGUCCCGCGGCGUCGUAUUUGUACACGAACAUCGCUCAUAACGCCGUAAGCGCCAUCGACAAUAGGUCCCUUUACCCAGAUAAUGUCACAAUUUUGGUUCAUCUGCCCAAAUGACUUAUGAUAAUACUGACAUUUUAGUUUUAAUGUUUUAUGUCAGAAAAAAAAAGAGUAUGGUGACUUUUGACGAUAUAAUCCAGUUCAGUGUUAAUUGAAAGUAUUGAAAUUCUUUUCUAAUAUUCUAGUUUUAAACAAUCUGACAAUUCGAUAUUAUUGAAAUUAAUAAAGAAUUUAUUUUCUGUU